AAAUGUCACACCCAAACAGUUCCCCAGAAAAUCCAAGAGUUUUCUUUGAUAUCACCAUCAACGGUUCCCCAGCCGGUCGUGUUACCAUGGAAUUAUUCAAAAACGUCGUCCCAAAGACUGCUGAAAACUUCAGAGCUUUAUGCACUGGUGAAAAAGGUAUUGGCAAAAGUGGUAAACCAUUAACCUACAAAGGUAGCGGUUUCCACAGAGUUAUUCCAAACUUCAUGUGCCAAGGUGGUGAUUUCACCCGUGGUGAUGGUACUGGUGGUGAAUCAAUCUAUGGUAUGAAAUUCCAAGAUGAAAACUUUACCAUCAAACAUUUCGGUCCAGGUACACUCUCAAUGGCCAAUGCUGGUCCAAACACCAACGGUAGUCAAUUCUUCAUCUGUACUGCCCCAACCUCAUGGUUAGAUGGUAAACACACUGUCUUCGGUCGUGUCGAAAGUGGUUAUGAUGUCAUCAAGAAAUGCGAAGAAGUUGGUAGCCAAACUGGUAAAACUUCCGCCAAAGUUGUCGUUGCUGACUGUGGUCAACUUUAAAUAUUUUAUUUAAAGUUAUUUAUUAAAUUUUUAUUUUAAAAUCCCAUAUCCAAAUAAAUUUUGUAAAUUUA